AUGUUACUCUUCGAUCUUCAUAUUGGAGAAGAUGAUCACUCCCAUCCGAGAGGCCUCGAGCCCUAUCGUAGGGGUGCUUACGUCGGGGGACGCCAUAACAUCAAUUCGGGAGAGUUGAAUUCAAAGAAAAUUGAGUCAUCACCUAGUGUUGUCGUCACUAAAAAACUAUCAUGA